AUGCCUGCCUUCAAGCUCACCACCACCACUGCGGCUCUGGCUGGCCUCCUCUUCUCGGCCCCUGCCAUGGCCACCUUCACCAACUCGUGCCGCAACAUCUGCAUCGCUUCCGACAGCUCCAACAUCCUCGUCACCGAGUGCCUCAUCUCGGGCGGCAACAACGGCAACCCCAACGACCAGCAGUACCAGUGGGCCGAGCUGGAUCUGAACAAGAUCCUCGGCUACCGCUCGCCCGAAUUCCUCACGUACACCGAGAAUGGCGACUUCUCGGUCAACAACGUCCCCUGCUUCCUUUGCUCGAUGUCGGGCAGCACCAUCGACUGCACCUGCUCCGGCGGCAAAGUGUCGGCAGACCUCAACACCUACAUUGACGAUGCCACGGGCGUCCUCUGCUUCGCGGACGACCAGUUUGGCCCUAUCUGCGGCGUUCCCUCGUCGCGCACCUGCUAA